AUGAAGUCUGCACUGGAAUUUAGUUUUUACCAAUGUCUAAAUGUUCUUAAUAAUAUUCGCUAUAGGAAUGAAAAUGCAAAACAAACUCCAGAAAAUCAUCUACGAAAUUUUGAUUCAAAUAUUUGUUUCAAUCUACCUAUCGCAAUAACUGGAAAUUUAGAGACUACUUUGGAAAAUAAACAAGAGUUGCAAAACUAUCCGGAAAUACAUCAUGAUUUAAGAUAUUUUUAUUUGAGGAUUGCUGAAAGAAGUGAUCAGCCCUAA